AUGCCGUGGGUGAAGACUGACGUGCCUCACAGGAGAGCAAAAAUGAAGAGAAUAGUUCUCAUUUUGCUAGGAUCGUUUAAGAAAUGGACAAAGCAGUAUUCUGCCCAUGCUGCUGCUGGAAGCUUGGGAAAGGGAAGCUCAAUGAAUGUGAUGUUCAGCUCUCUGUGGAAGUUCCUAGUUCUAAAUCAGAAGAGUUGUGAUACAUACACUUCACAGCUCAGCACUCAGGCACAAGGAACUGAAUGCCCCUUUUUCUUCUGGGGACUUCUAGCCUUCUUGGCCACAGCUCUGAUCAUGUCCUUGAUCUUCAAUAUUUCCCACUGUGUAGAGAAGCAGCGACGAGUUAAAAUGUACAGAUACUCCGAAGACUACAUUCCAAGAGUUGAUGAAUAUUAUGUUGAAGAUACUCCAAUUUAUGGUAACUUAGAUAAUAUUAUCCCAGAACCAGUGGAGGAAUGCUGCUACGAACAGAUGAAAGCUCGACCACAAAGAUCUGCAGGUGAUUCACAUGAAGCGGCUGCAUCUGAACAGGUACCUGCCGAAACUCAGUUGUGCUACGCCUCACUGGAUCACAGCGUCAAGGGGAAACACAGAAAGCCCAGGAAGCAGAAUGCUAAUUUCUCGGACCGGGAAAAGGAUGUACAAGUUUAUGCAGUGGAUGCCAACAUUUCUCAGAUCAAUUUGGUAGAAAGUUUCCCGCCAGAUAACCAGGCAGUAGACGAAAGUAUUCAUGAUGAUCCUGCUCGGCUGUUUGGAUUGAUCCGUGCCAAGAGAGAGCCUGUCAUCUAG